UACACAUAAACUAAACAUUACGAAGAAGACCACACAGGGACAGCAAAUAAAGGAGCCACUCUUAUUAAUUUAUAGCCGCUAUGGCCGCUUCUUUAGUCCGUAAUAAAGCGUUGAGGGCUUAUAGUGCUCCAAACCUUGCGCUUCUUUUCCGUUGAGUCAGUUCAGUUUGUUUGUUCCAGCCGGUUGACUUCGUUUACAGUAUUCUGGUAAAACAUCCAGUCUUUCUACAGGAUAGGACACAAGUUUGACUAAGUGAUAAGUUUACUUUGUUUCCAGCAAUGUCAAGUUGCUCAACUAUUCACUUAACUUUACCGCAGUGGGACGGGGGCGCACGGAAAAUUCGCUUCAUUCACUUGGUGAAUCUGACAUCGUUCAGGCUGACAGAGUGUCCCAACAAGAGUCCAGUGGUCCCUCUCUAUUUAGGAGCUGAUCUCUUCUCCAACACGGACAUCCGCACUGAGAACCAUCCCAGACACCACGCCAAGUUUGCCAAGAAAGGAUUUGCAACUAAAAUAAUUUUUUCCUCGGCAUUCAGGUUCCAUGGGUUGAAGGUACCUACUGCAAGCAACAGCCUCUGGUUCUACAGCGUUCAAGGACUUUUUCGAGUAGCCUUUGAGAUGUACAAUAAGCAAGAGCAGCUUGCUGUACUAGAGAACUUCCAGGAUGUUUGGAAAUCGCAGAUAAACGACAGCCCUCUGAAAAUGAGUUACAACCUCAGUGUGCAGCUUGACUUUGCACUAUCCAGCAGCCUGCAUGAUACAGAAUCAAGGGUUGAAUUGUCACAACCUCAGCAGUGCCAGGUUGUCAGGGAUUCGGUGGAGGUAUAUGACAGUGACACAGGUGAUACAUCAGCAGAUCACGAUUAUUGUUCUUUUCCCAAGCAGAGCUUGCCAACUGAGCGAAGCCGACCGAUAUCCACAGUGAGACAAAAAUUGCACAGCUUGGAUGACAAACUCUCAUCUGAGACUCAAAGCUACACAGAACAGCUGGAGACUAUCUUGCUGCUUUUGGAGAACAUUGAUCGGUACGUAAAUGGGAAUCUAGAAGAAAAGGAUGUGACAGAAACUGUGCUAGCCCUGCUAAAGGCCAAAGACUGGGGCUGUGUGUAUUCAAGUUCCCUGCUUUCUGGUAUAGGAUGCUGGCUAGGCCAACAGUUCCAUGCAGCCAACAGAAGCAUCAGCCAGAAAGUGGAGGGUUUUAAAGUUCAGCAUAUUGAACAAAUUAGUGACUUGCCACCUGCUGAGGAACUAGCAACAGAGCUAUUCCCAGAAGCUAUGCAAACACUGCUGCUUCAUUGGAUGGGCUUAACUGAGGAGUCCACCGUGGAGAGGAGACACAGCGAGUACCCAAUCCUGCUCCUUAUCCUCGAGUUUGCCAACCACAACCUCAUCACAGGUGUGGCUCAUGUGCUGUACUCCAGUCUUAUAUGUAAAUAGUGGAUUUCCAUUGAGGCAUCAAUACAAAGACCUGAAAUGUAAAACAAUUUCCAGUAUUCUAAUAAAUGUGAUUUUGAUCAAUA